AUGCCCCGUGUCUCUGCGCCAAAAAUAAGCAAGGCUUGUAUGCCUUGCCGAGCACGCAAAAUUAAAUGUGACGCUCCAAGCAUCGGAUUACCUUGCAGUAGCUGCGUCAGCAGGGAAACUACCGGUGAUUGCGUGUUAUCAAUCCGCAAACGCCGAACUUUAAGAGGUCGAAAUACCGGAUCACGGAGAGAUCUUCCCGAUGAAGGUGGCCUCGUACCAACGCCUGUAUCUCAAAAUCAUCUUUCGCAUAAUGAGAGUAACACAACUAUCGACUUGAACCCUACCUCUACCUCCGCUGACGGAUCUAUCCACGCAAGCCAAGGUGGUAGCUCCCAGGCACAUAACAGCCCUGACUCACCGGACAGUAAUCUACCGCGACGGCCUCAACCUGACCUUCUUUACUUGAACAUCCUGCAAGACACUGUUGACGGCACUGCCACUAUUCAAAAUGACGCGGGCAAUUCUGCAACAAAUGAUGAAGAUAAUUUUUUCAACACUCAAAUGCGUAAUUGGAAUCCUCUGCUGCAACUUGAUGAAGUCGACAAUGAGUACCUUUCUAAGAAAGGUGUGUUCAAACUUCCACUGCCGAAACAUAUGGACGCCCUCAUCAAAGCGUAUUUCGAUCACGUUUAUCCCUUCGCCCCAGUCCUAAACAGGGUUGAGUUUAUGGAGAGCUACCGAUCAGGGAACUGCUCACUAUUUCUUUUGCACGCCAUAUCAACCGCUGGAAGCUCUUACGUGCCUAUAGAAGUAAUUCAGGCCUGCGAGUACACUGACCGUUCAGCAGCUCAUGUAGCAUUCUUCUUAAAAGCUAAGCUUUUCCAUGACUUUCAUUGUCAAGGCGGUUCUCUCCCCAUGCUACAAGGCUCCAUGAUUCUUGGCGCUAUUGUACCUGACCACCCAUCGGACAGAGACUUCCACUACUGGUUUCAUAACUCGGUUCGAUGGGCAUCUAGGCUGGGCUUACAUAAUUCCAACCCACGUCCCCGUAACGAAGUAUCUCAAAAGCUUUACCGGCGGAUCUGGUGGGUUUUGCAUAAUAGGGACAUCUUUUAUUUCUUUGUCAACACCCAGAAUCUCCGGUUGUUAGUGACUGCACCUCCGAUCGAGCCCCUCACGGAGAACGACUGGGAAGACGAAGAUGUACGACCCUUCUCGGAUCUGUUGUCGCCGAUAAAUCAUCAGCAAAGGGCUUCUCUCGUAGCUCAUACCGAGUUGGCUCAAAUAUUUGGCGACCUGACAACAACUAUCACGGGUGAGCCAUCACAAGAUAUGCAGCGAGUAAUGCAGCCGUUGGACAGUUGGCGGACUUCCUUGCCUACCAAGAUGAAGCUCAAUGGCUCUCGACCAAAUGGUGAACUGUACCUUCUUGAGGCUUUGACGACCAGCUACAGGUUUGAGUGCGUCAUGUGUCGAUCGCUACGUCGUGGCCGCUGGGGGAUAUGCACUGAGGAUGUUCGUAAGUGGGCGCAGGAACGAUUCGGCGCUGCCACUCUUGAGCUUGACUCGAUACUCAAGAAAGUACUCUUGUGCGAUAUUAUUCGGAUGAUGCCGACGACCUUUAUUACGACUAUAGCAGCUCUCCUGGCAUUGCAUAUAGAGUCCGCUUUGGACUCCUCGCAAUCAGAUAUCGCACGAUCCAUGGCCCGUAUAUCAAUCCAAUUCACCAUGCUCGCUCUCAACCAGAUACAGGAUACUCCUGCAAUUAAGAGAGCACUACCUGCGUUUGAGAUGGUCCUCUCAAAGAAUAAGUUAUACCCUACAUCGCUACAUGACGUUGCGCAAGCAGAAACAAGUGAUCUUCAAGAGGGAAACGUAGAGGACGAAUCGGUGCACGUGGCGAUGCAAUCAGACACAAUCUUCUCUCAAGAUGUCAAUGAGCACAUUCCGUUUCUUGGUGAAGAUUUAGCAGGUUUCGAAUUCUUUGACCGAUGGCAGAUGGAACAAUUGGACUUUGCUGGCAUUCUUAGAUAA